UAGAUUUGAACUGCUCACAGAAAGUAUGGGUACAAUUCAAAUUGAUUUGUAUGUGCUUGUGAGAAAUUUCGACAAGUUUGGCUGUCAUUUAUGACCUGAAAGAUAGGGUAUGGCGUAAAUUAAUCAAGAUGGGUAAAAUUAACAAAGUUCUUCUCAUUGCGUAUCUGAUUUCUCUCUCCACUUGCUUAUUUGGAGAUCAAGGAAACGAGGCGAGCGACGCUUGUGUAAAUAGUUCAUUUUGUGAAAAUACAACUAUUGCAGAUUUUGCCGGCGACGAUAUAUUUGAGAAUAUAAAUAUUAAGGAGUUAGCAACGAGUAUUUUUAAAUUUCCGGACAAUACAAAAACCACAAGUACAACUGAGAGUAGCAUAGAUAGCGAAGUAGAUCUUCAGCAAAAUUUAGAAUCUUCAAAAAUUCAAGAGAUUUUAGAAGAGAGAUCCAAGAAUAAAUUUUGUGGUUGUGAUUUAACCACUAGCGUUUGCGAUAUCAACUGUUGUUGCGACUUGGAUUGUACAGAAUAUCAUUACAAAGUUUUUUCGACCUGCGUCGAUCGCGAAAUUGAGAAAGAAAAAGACACAUGGUAUUGCCGUGACAAACCGUUUUUCCGGAAAAACGACACGAGAUUUAUCCUGGAAAAGGUUGCCGAUAGUUUAUUUUGCAUUGCCUCUGAUAAUCUUCCUCCUGUAUACAGUGCGACUAGUCAUUUGCAAAUUGAAGAUGAGAAAAGUUUUAAAAAAGUUAUCGAUAACAACAAGCCAUCCAGAUUCAAAUGGAAACUUGACGCAAAGAAAAUAGAUCUGCCAGAAUAUAACAUCACGAAUUCGUACAAAUACGCCGAUGCAUUAUGGAAAAUCCAUAGAAAUUCUUUGCAACUUUUCGAGCUUCCACAGACCGGUUUUGGCGAAGAAUGUGAUUUCAGAAAAACUGUCAAAUUCCUCGAAGACUGGAAAAGUUCUUGUCACCAAGUUUAUCUCAAUAACAAGAACGCAUUUCUUUUUCCAGCUAAUUUUAGUCAAAUUAACGUACUUGCUCAGCCAUUGAAAUUCAAUCCGCAGCAUUUGCUUACAAGCUGUCCGAAAAACGUUUGCCAAACAGCUAACGCAUCCUAUUGUGCCGAGUCAUGGACAUCAUGUAAAACCAACAAGACUGUUCAGGGUUUCUGCACGGAAAAUGUUUGUAACAAUGUAGCUAAAAAAGUUAGAUACGUUAUUUUUCAUAACGGAAGCGAGGGCAUUAAACAUAUCGAAGUAUACUUUCAACUAGCUAACGUUAAGAGUAGUUUCAAACAAGAGAUCGAAGUACAAUACAAGUGGGUUAAUUUAAAUCGAUCUUUGAUAUUUGAAAGAAGUGGAAAUCCCGGAUACAUUGGUGGAAAGCCAAUUUUCAUCGGAACCCAAGUUUCGAACAAGACUGGCGAGGUAGAGGAGAAGUACAUAGUUUUCAACAAAACUCGUCAACACUUGACUCUGCCGAUAGCGGACAAAAGUGGGAUUUGCAGCGAAGUUGACAGAUACCCAGUGAAGUUUUUGGAAAACAUCAAGUUAAGAUGUUCGGUCGUGGUGAAGUCAAACUUCUCCACAUCGGCCUGUAUCAAGUUGCAAAACCAUACUUUCGAGGCGAUCAUCGAUUUUAUGACGUUGAAGAGAUUUGAAAAACCGACCUUUGAUAGGCAAUUCGUUUCCAAGACCGGUAACGUUUUCGACAACGACACCAACAGUUGGGCUAAGAUGUUUAUUGAUAAAGUUCCGCAGAAUGUCAUCACCGCACAAUUGCUGGAGAAUGAAAUUCAAUGUUCCGGAAUAGUGACAUCAGUUGCAUUUAAUAUCGUACAUUCGUUGAUGUCAAAACCUGGCAUAAAUAAUAAUCACGUGAUUUUGGGAGUUGGCGUAACGUUCUCCGAUGAAGUUGACUUGAAGUGGCCCAAGUGUACUGGCAGAAAUUGUCAAGAGACAUUGCAAUUGGAACUCGUAAGUUUCGUGUCUUUUCAUGAUGUCUCUCGACCUACACGCUAUCAUAUUGCUGGUGGGCCUAAUUUAGAUAUAAGUUUGCCUUACGACUUUUUUUAUCCGUUUUUGAGUCACUCAAAGUCACACGCACCUUUUCUAUAUAAUUAUUUCAGUUUUAAAGCUAGUAUUUUUGUGUGUUUGAUUUUAAUGUCUUAGAUUUUAAGUCGAUGUCGAACAAGGAAUUUCGAAGUGUGUUCGUUCAUAUAUCCUAUAAGAUUUAUAAACUUUCUGUAUAGUUGACGGUUUUAAAUGGAAUUUGCGAUGAAAUGUAAAUUAAUGA